AUAUACUCUCCGAUUGGACAGUUUUACAAAGCGUGUGAUAACAUGAAGUGUUAAUAAAGGAAUGGACCGGAUAAACUGGACAUAUGUGUUUCAAAAGACAGAUCUCUGAUUAACCUACACUAUGACCAAUGAAAUUAAAACUACUUCUCGCUUGACCUAUCAAGAACUGUGGGAUGCUGUCCGCUUUCGUGAUAUGUCUAAAAUAGACACUUGGGUGAGAGAGGGCCGUGACCUCUUUGAUGACCGACAUAUGACCAUAUACCAUAUUGCGUCACAGUGUGGAAGUGUCGAGUUUAUAGAAGAGCUAGUUCGAAGACAUCCCGCCACGACACACCUGAUCAUGCACGGUAGUAAAGAUGGUGCCGUGACCAGUCUCCACUGGUGCUGUUGUAUGACUGCUACCGAGGAGAACGACGGUAGUCAUAGUGUCGGGAUCCUCGACGCCCUCUGUAGGGCCGCUGGCCCGGGGGCUGCACUAUACGGUACGGGGGACGGGGAUGUCGUGACAUGGACAGAUUGGGCAAAUGACGACGAAAAACUUAAGGAAUAUAUAACAUGGAGAAGACAUAAUACUGAAGGUUUGCCUCCGGAGAUAAGACGUUUAGACAACCGAUCGAUUCACCAAUACAUACAGACGUUUGGCAGCAUGGGGAGCGAGUCUGCUGAGAGAUACAAAAAGGCCAUCCAAGGCAGGACUGAAACCUCCUACUGUGUCCGUCUUGUCUUCCUGGGACACGAAGGUGUCGGCAAGACAACACUGAUGUUACGGAUGACUGACCAGGACAUCGGGAAAUUAAAACCUACAAACCAACUGGACGUCCUCCUAAAUCUACUCAUUAUUGACCGUAUCAGUAAACAGCGCAGGCUUCUUCAGCCAGGGAUGGAACAAGAGGUUACUCGCCAAAGGCUCAAAGAUGUAAUAGCCGACUCAUUUCUGUCCAAAACAGAAGAUGUCGCAGCAACAAGUAACACAACGAAGUCUUCGGAUAGUCCACUUAGUGAUCUCAUAGCCAGUACAUCUGAUGGAAGUACUAUUGUGGCACCGGACACGCCCUCUGAUGCUACCUAUACGCCAACUUCGCCCGUAACACCUGACAAAAUAGUCUUAACCAUGCCCCCUACAGCCACCCCAGCUGUCCACACAGAAGCAGCCGUCGUUAUGACAACUGGACCGACCGAGGAUUUUGGACAAAAAGGACAUAAAACCUAUGUCAGUGUCUUUGAUUUUGGUGGAGAAAUGAUGUUCUCCACUUUUCAGCACAUUUUCCUCAAUACAAACGCAGUUAUACUGCUCUGUUUCAGUUUACAUAAUUGUUUCCAGAACGACGCGAUCUUAGAACGUGUUCACUUCUGGCUGAAAUUCCUGUCUACAUUUUCUGAUGCCAACAGCAGAUAUCAACCACCCGUGAUUCUCGUGGGAACCCACCUAGACAUGGUGGAGGAGAAUCAGAGAACGUCAAUUAGGCGAGAGGUCCGACGAAAAAUCAAGAGUGAUCCCAAAGUCGCUAGUGCGUUUGACAGACACGUGGUUGAGUUUGUGGUCAUAGACAGCACUCUUGGUGCACGGCCAGCCUAUGAUGGCCUCUGGAACAUCGUACUGGAGGCUGCCGUCCACCAGUCACAAUGGGGUCAACUUCUCCCCGCUACAUGGAUCACACUGGAACGUGAUUUGAUGGUUCUGAAAGGUGAAGGAGUGAAGGUCCUAACUUUAAAUGAGGUUAAGACCAGAGCUAGGAAUCUGGUGGUUCCAUUGGAUGAACGUGACGUUCUUGCAAUGCUGGAGUAUCUCCAUGUAAUACGAAGUAUUUUAAGCUUCCAAUUAGAAAACCCGGAUUCAAGGAUUAUCCUUGAUCCCCAGUGGUUGAUCCAGGCUUUCAGACUGAUUGUGACUACAGUGAAAUUCCGCCAGGAAGGGAUAAACACUGCCCUUAUCAUGGAAUACGACAGAACUAGAAGACUGACCUUACCAUUUGUCAAUGCGGUAUGGACAAAGGGAAGUGUUGAUGGAUUUAUGGAGUUCAGAGAUACCAUAUUGUUCUACCUUGACCGUCUUGAGCUGAUUGUGAAGCCGCUCCCCAAAGAGGAUGAAGCGUCUGUGGACUACUAUAUAGUACCGUGCUUGUUAGAUGAACCAAACCCGGAUCAUAUCAGACCAUUGCUGGAACAGAAAGGGAUCAUCAAGUCUCCGACACUUUGUUUCGAGUUCCAUGGAAGGUUCAUUCCUCCAGCUAUGUACAAUAAGGUUUUAGCUUCUUGCAUACACCGCUUCGAGGUGAUGCGAAUGUCAAACCAGGACGACAAACUGUAUCUACAGCAGGGCUUGGCAUGUUUUGCUAUAAGUGGUCGAUGGAAUAUGGUUCUACAUUGCAAAGACUCUCAAAUGAAGAUUACUUUAUUUUCCAACGUUGUGAAGAAGGUAGAGGAGGGGGAUGGUUACAUGGUUCGCAUCAUUUUGGAAAAUAUUGUUCAAGGUACAAUGAAACGAUCCCAACAAGGUCACCUUUCGUUUGAUUACUACGUCAGCGAUGACUUUCAGGUGAAAAAUAUCGAGAAUAUGGUAAAAGUCUUAAUGACAACCCAGACAAAAUUGAAAUCUCGACGGUCAUUUGAGAUGGCUGUGUGGUUCACUGAACGAAAACAGGUGGCGAAGCCUUCUCUAUCAGUUCCACAAGCCGAGCGUGCUCUAUUGAGAAGAUGCCCUAUGCCAAGGGAAAUAAUUCGAAUUGCAAAGUAUGUGGGGAAUACAUAUACCCUUUUCUUUGGUAUCAUGGGUAUGAACGAGGUUAGAAUUCAACAGCUUCGGGAACAGUUUGAGAAUGGACAAAGGUUGGACUUCCUUUCCGUGAUAGCCAGGAUAACCUUCGCCUGGAAAGACGAAUUCGGGGGAAAAGCAAAUUUCAUGCAAGUGAAAAAUGCAUUUGAAUUUUGCGGACUCGACCUGACCGGACUGUUUGAAGAAAUAGAACAACUUAAAAUUGAGAAAAUAUCGCAAGAAGAUCUUGGGAUUCCUGCUAGCAUUCAGAAUUCACGCCCAACCGAGAAUGAGUUAUCGGAUAUAUCAAUGAUCAUCUUAAGAGGAUAUUUCAUAGUAUUCGUAGAACUGAAUGUUACCAUAGAAACAAUAGAAUUGGCAGAAAUGGAUAACAACAAAGCCAUGGAUUUGAUAAGAUAUCUUCUUGAAUAUUGGAUGAAGACAUUUCGAGCUGAAGCUACAGUCAGGAAACUGUACUUGGCUCUAAAGGAGUGUAAAAGAAAUUACACGAAACUAAUAGAUUUGAUGAAACGAAGACUUGUGUAAUCUGCCAAACAGCAAGAAACAAUAUCUGACGACGCAGAGGAGCGCAUUAGAUGUGUGUGAUUUGAUUGUGACUCAUGAUCAGGUCGAUAGUUGUCCUUGUAGUUACAAACAGAUAUGGCAACACCAGAUGGAUACUCCAGAGACUCAGUGAAUUGUGUUGACUAUAGUUAAAGACAUGUUUAACUUGACGAUGAUCUUGCAUCCAAAGCUUGAUAAUUUCAGGGUGAAAACAUGAUGACUGUUCUUUAAAUAUUGUACAUACAUCGUUCGAAUCCUGUUGAAAUUGUAUGCUCUAUGUAUAGGUUGAUGCUGAUCUAAACCACGGUGGAUCUUUCACGUAAAGUGACGGUUUUAUCAUUUCCUCCAAAAGUCAAAAGUAAAAAAAAUACAAAAAAAAACACACCACAUAAACUGUACUGAUCAAAAUAAACG